AUGAAGUACGGUAGUGUGGACGCCGUAUUACGAUCGACGCCGCCCGGCCGGGUGCCCGCUGUCGCGGCACGGUUGCGGUGCGGCGUUCACUUCUGCGUGCGCAUGGAACGACAUCAACCUGAUGACGGCUCGGCGGGUCAUCGAGCUGGCGAUGAAGUGGAGAUGCAGGACCUUGAGGAUCUGGAAGAGGAAGUGGUCGUGAAUUACACAGAAAACGGUGGCUAUGAUGGCUAUGAAGAGGUCGAGGAAGAAGUCGUCGACGCGGAUGGACAGAUCUACGUGGAUGAUGACAUUAUGGAUGAUGGAUACGAAAUGGAUCAGCGGCACCAACACGGAGCUCGUCAGGCGCUGGUCACCUCUCGUGGAGACUUGGGAACGCUAAUGCAAAUGGCACGCAACCCGCUCCACUCACGCAAAAGUGUUCGCGCCUUUUUGGACGAAGUUGGGGCUGUUGACGAUGUGCACGCCCAAAGUUCACGCGGAUACGACGGCGUUCGAGUACAGCCAUCAUCCUCACGUCUCCUUCCCGUUUCCACUCUGCAGCGCGUUGGCGUUGGUAGCUAUGUGGUACAGAAACCGUACCAAAUGCGGACCGAUUGGCGCGAUGAGCAAAGAAGAGAUUUGGAAAUUUGCGAAUUCUUUGACUCGUUGCCUAGUGAUCGGCAGAUAGCUUUCCGCAAGAUGUUGGAGCGUCUCGGCGAACGAAUCCCGAAACCUCUCAUGGGCUCGCGUAAAUACUUUCGAAGCACAUUGGCGCCCCACGUUAAGAUCCCGAUCCCAUCAAACUCUAAGUUGGAGCUGCUUAGCGACCAGGCGAUGAAUCGUGUUCGCACCGAAGCCGGCGCCGAGCCAAUGCCCAGCUCGGAUAAGGCUAAAGAAAACGAAUUUCUGAUGCGUGGCGGAGUAGAAUACGUCUAUGAGAACGAGCAAUUCGAGGGUAAAGCUUUCGCCUCGGCGCACUACGAUGACGUUAUCCAAGAGGAGGUCAUUGGAGAUGAUGAUAUUUUGGAUGCAAGCGACAUUGGUGGCAAGAAUAUGAACGAUGGCGUGAGCGACGACGACAUGGAUGGUCCUCCACCCAUUGAGCCUCAAGAGCCAAUGCCCGCCGAGCUGAUGCCGCCACAGAUCCACCAUCACAUGGAUAACAUGUCCGGCCUGCAUCGCGACUUUCGCUUCGGUGAAAUGGGCGAGGUGCGCCAGCACGUCAAUUUGAGCAAGGAUCGCUGGUUCGUCGUGCCCGAGUUGCGCAAGGAAUUGAUCGGCCAGACGCACGUCAAAGUCAGUCGCGGAAGCAUCGAGGCUACGACUCACUUCUGCCCGUCCUGCGGCGAGUACCUGCCUCGAAAUGCCUUCGACACUCACAAGCGAAAGAUCGAACGUUGGGGCUCUUGCGAUCAUUACACGCCGCGUCGUUUCCCUUGCACCGAGAAAGGGUGCCAACAACGCCUGCCGAGCAUCGAGAAGCUUUGUAAUCAUCUGCACAUCAGUCACCGAGUGCCCCUGCAGAUCAAGGAAAUCCAGUUUGCCAGUGAGGAUGAAUUCCAGGUCUUCCUCCGUGAUCUUGAAGGAAAGGGUGGCAAUUUCCGGAUGUCGCGCGGCAACAAGUCAUCUCGGGAGGGUGCAAAUAUUCGCUAUUAUCGUUGCAACCGCAAUGUCCGUACUCAGCCCGGCAAGAAAAUCAUUACCCCUGAGGGUACUGUGGUGCGACCCGGCCUAAGCCAAGUUGACAAUUUGAUGGACGAAGUCGAAGAUAAUGAUUAUGAAGAAGAGGAGACCAGACCUGGAUUCCCGAAGAUGACUCGCAAAAAGCCGAGCAAGUUGUACAUCCACGGAAUGUGCACGGCCUUCUUCAAGAAGAUUGAGUUUCCCGAGGGGCGUAUUGUCGUCCGUUAUUGCGACUACCAUCUACACAGUGACUCUGUCCUCCGCAUCCCCGAUGACGUCAGAGAACGAGUCAAGGAACUCAAUCUGAAACGGCUUCCAGUUCCCGUCAUCAUCAAGGUUAUUAAAGCCGAGGUCAGCAGUUUUGCCGAAGAGGGCUCACCGCUCGAAGAGCGCAUUCUCAAUUUGAACGACAAAGAUGUUCGAAAUGUACUCUCACGCUGUGGAUUGAAACCCAUUCGUCUUCAGGUUUGCCGCAAUAAGCUUUUCGCCGAUCGGGAUGAUCUACCGAUGUCGAGCGGAGGUGCGAUGCAAGGCGACAACUACGGCCAACAGGUCUCGGCGCAUGGAGACGAAAUUUACAUUGAGCAGCGGGAGGACGAAUUUUUGGAGAUGGCCUUGGGAGAACCUGCCGCUAUGGUCGAUCCUAAUCGACCUCCAUCUCCUGAUGGUCUUUCCCAGCUCGAACGCGUCUGCUAUGAGAGUUGGCAACAUGAGGACGUGGAGACGAUCCACGAGGCCGCUGAAAAGCGUCGCGAAGCUAUCCAGCUCCGACGCCGUCGCGAGACCGUCCAAGAAGAGUGGGAAAAUUGUCUGGAAAAGCUGAAGGACCAGUUCUUUAAUGCUCUCAACGACGAUCAAGUCCUUCGCAUCCGAGGAAUGAUUGAUGAUCUGCAUCAAAUGUGGAACGAUACUGCUCAGGAACGCCAUAAGGGCAUGUUGCGUUCGCGACGCCGUAAGACUUCGCCUGGAGGUUCGCGUCGCAGCGACGGAGCUCGCUUCAAGUAUGGCGGUGAAUACGGUGAUGAGGGACAGAUCGACAUCAAUGGCUAUGACGAUGGAAUGGUUGAGGUCGAGGCGAUCGUUGAUGGGGAUGACACCGAAGAAAUUACCGUAGCGGAUGCGAUUGCGCGCAACAGUCAGCCCGUGCCGCAUCUUCAGGAUCAGUCAUUGGCUCCGAUGGAGCCGCCGCAUCGUGCGGCUGUUCGGCGGGUCGGCCAGAUGCCUCAGCGCCAACUGGAAAUUCCCAAAAGUCCUUUGGCCUCAAAUCAGCAGCCCGACGCCACGCUUGUCCCAGAGAAGCAACAACCGCAAAUCUCGAACAUUCGCCCCGCCAAAACGGAACACAGGGCUCAGGAGAUCGUGAACGUCGUCGAUGAGACACCGCAAACGACGCCCUUGAAAAGCCCGUCGAAGAGGAGGGCCGCCGAGAAGCCGCCGGCGCUCGAUAGCACUCCGUCAAUUGGUCGUUCUCGAAGACGCGGUCAAGCGGAACUUCAGGGGACCGUAGUUGAAGAAGUCGUCGUGCCUGCGCCCGAGGAGAAGCCGUUCAAGAAAAGCCGUGCAAGGGCACCUAAGCCAAAAGUGGAGAAGUCGAUCCAAGAGGCUGAUUCGGAGGAAGCCCGUGCCGAAGGCAGUGACGUUGACGCUGAUCCGGAAACGGCAGGACCAAGCAGCCCGCCGGUGAAAAAGCCGCGUGCCCGCCGCAGUCAGGCUGUCGAAAAAUCAUAUGAAUAUGCCUCAGCGGUGGUAGAAAACGAGGUCAUCAGCAGGAGUGGUCGCCGGGUCAACAAGAAGAAAUUUCUAGACAUU